UAAACAUUUAAUCUGGUGAACAUGCGAAAUGCGAGAGUAGCCUACAUGCUGCAGGGUUGUCAUCUUCUUGUUGCGAGUUAAUGGCGAACUUAUUAUGGCAACAUGAUUUUGUUGUUGUUGUUUUUCGGGGACAGAACAGAAGUGUAGGCUAUUGCAUUUCAGAGCAGCCGGUGUUGUCAACGCUAUCUUAUUUCAUGAAAUGGAAUUACGGUCGGUGAUUACUUCCAUGGACUGUGUAGCCUAAAGUUUUAGGAAUUCGGUUGUUGGACAUUUCGGUUGGAAUUUCUCCGGCAAAGGAGGAGCCCUGGUGCCGAUGCGCAGGGCCGAGGGAACGGGACACUCCCAAAUCUUAUCAGCCACCAAGUCUCCUUACCAAAUGUGACAACCACAUACACACAGACCUCCAUCUCCAGUACCCAGCUGUGUGUCUAUGAAAAGUGAUGAGUCCAUGGCUUAUCCUACCAACCUCAGCAGUGACCCAACACCAGGACCACCACAUACACACAGACCUCCAUCUCCAGUACCCAGCUGUGUGUCUAUGAAAAGUGAUGAGUCCAUGGAUUAUCCUACCAACUUCAGCAGUGACCCAACACCAGGACUUAAACCUCCAUCUCCAGUACCCAGCUGUGUGUCUAUGAAAAGUGAUGAAUCCAUGGAUUAUCCUACCAACUUCAGCAGUGACCCAACACCAGGACCUAAACCACAUACACACAGACCUCCAUCUCCAGUACCCAGCUGUGUGUCUAUGAAAAGUGAUGAGUCCAUGGAUUAUCCUACCAACUUCAGCAGUGACCCAACACCAGGACCUAAACCACAUACACACAGACCUCCAUCUCCAGUACCCAGCUGUGUGUCUAUGAAUAGUGAUGAGUCCAUGGAUUAUCCUACCAACUUCAGCAGUGACCCAACACCAGGACCUAAACCACAUACACACAGACCUCCAUCUCCAGUACCCAGCUGUGUGUCUAUGAAAAGUGAUGAGUCCAUGGCUUAUCCUACCAACUUCAGCAGUGACCCAACAUCAGGACUUAAGUGUGUACUUCACACACACACAGUUUCCAGUUCACCAACAGGAUUGACUAGAGACCUAAAGCAGACUUUGGACCAAGAAAUGGACGAUGCUAUGAAGCUAGUCAAAGAGAAAUAUAAAUCCAGUAUGAAGAACAAGUAUGAGAGCUUAUUUGAGGGAAAUAAAAUUCAAGAUAAAAAAACCUCCUUGAACAGGAUUUACACGCAACUCUACAUCAUUGAGGGAGAAAGUGAAGGGGUGAAUACAGAACAUGAGGUUUUACAAAUGGAGAAAACACAAAGGAUACAGCGAUUACGAGACACUCCCAUAAACUGCAAUGAGAUAUUUGCCCCCUUACUUCAAAUGCACAAAGGGGGGGGGAGAGUGAAAAUCAGAAUGGUCUUAACUAAAGGUAUUGCUGGAAUUGGAAAGACAGUCUUUGUGCACAAGUUCAUUCUAGACUGGGCUGAGGGAAAAUCCAAUCAGGAUGUAGAUUUCAUAUUUAUGUUUCCCUUCCGGGAGCUGAAUCUGGUUAAAGAUGACGAGUACAGUCUUCAUAGACUUCUGCUUGACUUCCAUCCUGAGCUUCGUGGCCUGGAUACAAAUAUGUAUGACAAGUGUAAACUUUUGUUCAUCUUUGACGGCCUGGAUGAAAGCAGGAUUCCUCUGGAAUUUUCAGGGUGCCAGAAAAUGUCUACUGUUACCAUGACAUCAUCAGUGGGUGCAUUGAUGUCAAAUCUGAUUAAAGGAGAGCUACUUCCCUCUGCUGUCAUCUGGUUAACCUCUAGACCAGCAGCAUCAACUCAGAUCCCCUCUCAAUACAUCAAGCGUGUAACAGAAGUUCAGGGGUUCAGUGACCCUCAGAAGGUGGAGUACUUUAAGAAGAGGAUCAGUGAUGAACAUCAAGCCGACAGAGUCAUCUCACACAUUACAAAAGCAAAGAGCCUCCACAUCAUGUGCCAUAUACCAGUAUUCUGUUGGAUCUCAGCCACUGUGCUUCAGAAAAUGUUUGAACAAGAUGAUGUAGAAAUUCCCAGAACUCUGACUGAAAUGUACACAUACUUCCUGCUCGUUCAGAUGAGCACAAAGAGCCAGAAAUAUGAUGAGAGAGAUGAGAAAGAUCCAAAGGAGCUCCUGCAGUCAAACCGAGAGGUACUUUUGAAACUUGCCAAGUUAGCCUUCAAACAGCUGAUGGAGGGCAAUAUCAUGUUCUAUGAUCAAGACUUGAAGGAGUGUGGCAUAGACGUAAAUGAGGCUUCAGUGUACGCUGGAAUAUGCACUGAGAUCUUUAAGGAAGAAUCUGUGUUUCAUCAGAGGAAGGUCUAUAGCUUCAUACAUUUGAGCUUUCAGGAGUUUCUGGCCGCGGUCCAUGUAUUUCACUUCUAUGUGGUCAUGAAUACAGAGGCACUGCAGCAUUUUAGUUUACUGUACAGUUUGUUGAGAUCAGCUGUGGACGAAGCCUUAAAGAGCGGGAAUGGGCACCUGGACCUUUUCCUCCGACUCCUUCUGGGCAUCUCACUGGAGUCCAAUCAGAGACUACUACAAGGUCUACUAACACACACAGAGAGCAGUUCAGAGAGCAUCAAAGAAAUUACUCAGUACAUUAAACACAUUAUCAGAAGUGGACUUGGUAGCUCUCAGCAUCUCUCACCUGGUCGAUCCAUCAAUCUGUUCCUCUGUCUGCUUGAAGUGAAAGACCAGUCUCUUUACAAAGAGAUUCAAGAGUUCCUGAAAUCUGAGACACUCACAGAAAAUGAGCUCUCUCCUACCCACUGCUCAGCAAUUGCCUACAUGCUUCAAAUGUCGGAAGAGGUGCUGGAUGAACUCAACCUUAAGAAAUACAACACAUCAGUUGAAGGUGGAAUAAGGCUUUUACCAGCUGUGAGGAACUGCAGGAGGGCUCUAUGUAUGGGCAGUUACCUAACUGCUCAGUCCUGUGAAAUUGUGGCCUCAGCUCUACAACUUCAGAACUCUCCCCUGAGAGAGCUGGACAUGAGUAACAAUGACCUGCAGGAUUCAGGAGUAAAGCUGCUCACCGCUGGACUGAAGAACCCACACUGUAAACUGGAGAUUCUUAGGCUGUCAGGCUGUUUAGUCACAGCGAAAGGCUGUUCGUAUCUGGCUUCAGCUCUGAAUUCAAAUCCUUCUCAUCUGAAAGAGUUGGAUCUGACCUACAAUCACUCAGGGGAGUCAGGAGAAAAGAUGCUUUCUGCUCUUCUAAAGGAUCCAGACUGCAAACUGGAGACACUCAAACUAGACUUUGGAGGACAGUGUAGGAUCAUACCAGGAAUCCAAAAAUAUGCCUGUGAGCUCUCACUGGACCCGAACACAGCAAACGCAUUUCUGUCCCUGUCUGAAGGAAACAGAAAGGUGACACGUUUGGAAGAGAAGCAGCCAUACCCUGACCAUCCAGACAGAUUUGAUUUCUAUGAACAAGUUUUGUGUAGAGAGGGUUUGUCUGGCCGCUCUUAUUGGGAAGCUGAAUGGGAUGGAGUGGCAGCUGUAGCUGUGGCUUAUAAAGGAAUCAGCAGGAAAGGGAAAGGUCCCACCCCGACAUUUGGACACAAUAAGAAUUCCUGGAGAUUAUACUGUGGUGAUAGCAAAUUCUCGGUCUGGCAUGACGGGAAGUCCACUGAUGUACAGGCCCCGUCACCUUGUUCCAACAGAGUUGGAGUGUAUUUAGAUUGGCCAGCUGGUACCCUGUCCUUCUACAGUGUCUCAUCUGAAACACACAUACUCAAACAUUUGCACACAUGUAACUGUACAUUCACAGAGCCUCUCUAUGCAGGGUUUAGACCUUAUUCUGGAUCAGUGACUCUACACAAUAUUAAUUCAAAGCACAGGACAGAGAAGACAACAGAGCAUGUAGAGUAACAGAGUUGAUUUUAAAGUACUGCUGCUUGUCUAUGAAUAUCUAAAUGGGUGGGGACCAAAAUACCUUUUAAACAUGUUUCAACAAUACAAACCUUUCAAACCUCUCAGACCACACGAGAAACACCAUGCAGUCGUCAUUGCCCAUGGACCUAUUAUUUUGGACUUUUUAUUAUUUGUUAAUUUUUCCGUUAUCUUUCUUGGUUUCAAGGGCACGCUGGUGAGUACAUCGCUUCUCUGGCUGCUUAUGUAUCAUUUAUUUGUUAGUAUCUUGUGUGUGAAGCACUUUUGUUGUGCAUUGAAAAAGCGCUAUUCAUGUUUGUCUGUAAAGCACUUUGUGCUCAAUGCUUGAAAACUGCUAUUUAAGGCAAUUGUAUUUAUUGUAUUAUAUUUAUUUUCUAGUUAGUGUUAUAUUUAUUAUCUAGUUAUUGUUAUUUAUUUGUUAUCUAUUGUUGUUAUUUAUUAGUUGUUGU